UACUGACCCUCGUAAUUUCGCAGAUUCUCCGCUUUUAAACACCAUUUUCACUUCUCGAUUUCUAUUCUACAAAAUUAAAACUCAUCGCUCAAUGAAACAUCCAUUCAUCCAUACUUCGAUGUUCAGUACAUUACAGUAUAUGGUGGCUCGAGUGAUUUGCAUCACUAGUUAAAUUUGAUUUCGGUUAUUGCGUAAAAGAAAGCUCUAUUUGUGUAGUGUGAAAAAUGCGCUUAUUUAUUCCAGUUACUUUAGUAAGAAUACUGUGAAGAUGUUAGCUACCAGUACUCCAAUGCAGAAUGGUAAUUCUGACGCCGGAGGCGGCGAUGCGCCUGCCGCCAACAAGAAACCUAAAGGGCUCAUUGAAAAAAUGUAUCAGAAGAAGUCUCAACUCGAGCACAUUUUACUCAGACCUGAUACUUAUAUCGGAUCUGUCGAAUUGUUGGAUGAACAGAUGUGGGUCUUCGACAAAGAAACGAAAACUAUGAAGUUUAGAAACAUCAAGUUCGUGCCCGGUUUAUAUAAAAUCUUUGACGAAAUCUUGGUCAACGCUGCCGAUAAUAAGCAACGUGAUAGUAAAAUGGACUGUAUUAAAAUUACUAUCGAUCAGGAAGCAAACGAAAUCAGCAUUUGGAAUAAUGGUAAAGGUAUUCCUGUUGUUGAGCAUAAAGAUGAAAAGAUGUACGUUCCUACUAUGAUAUUUGGUCACCUAUUGACCAGUUCUAACUAUGACGACGAUGAAAAGAAAGUUACCGGUGGUCGUAACGGUUACGGUGCGAAAUUAUGUAACAUCUUUAGUACGAAAUUCAUCGUAGAAACCGCCUGCAAAGAAUACAAAAGGAAAUUCAAACAAACGUGGACGAACAAUAUGUCCAAAACAACUACACCGUCGAUUAAAGAUUCCUCCGAAGAUUAUACCAAAAUCACUUUUUCGCCCGACUUAGCCAAAUUUCACAUGGACAGAUUGGACGACGAUAUUGUGGCGUUGAUGUCGAGAAGAGCCUACGAUGUGGCCGCUUCCAGCAGAAAUGUAAAAGUGUUUCUAAAUGGAGAACGACUUCCGGUGAAAACGUUCAAAGAUUAUGUGGAAUUAUACGUUCAUAAUCCCGAUAACGAGGGGGCCGAUGAAGAUGUGAAAAUAUAUUACGAAAGUGCUGGUGGUAGAUGGGAGGUGGCAGUCACGCUUUCAGAGAAAGGAUUCCAACAGAUGUCUUUCGUCAACAGUAUCGCUACUACUAAGGGUGGUCGUCACGUAGAUCACGUUGCAGACCAAAUUGUUAAGAAGAUGCUUGAAAGUUUCAGCAAAGGAAAAAACAAAACUCAGAUUAAACCUUUCCAAAUAAAAAAUCAUUUAUGGUUGUUCGUGAAUUGUUUAAUCGAGAACCCAACAUUCGAUUCGCAAACUAAAGAAAACAUGACCUUACAAGCGAGUAAAUUCGGUUCCAAAUGUAAUUUGACCGAUAAAUUUUACACUACGCUUUGCAAGUCCGAAAUUAGAACUACGAUAGAAAAAUGGGCCAAGUUUAAACAGGACAAUGCACUCGCGAAAACGAGUGGAAAGAAACAAAGCAAAUUGAAAGGUGUACCCAAACUCGAGGACGCUAACGAAGCUGGUACGAAGAACUCUCGCAGUUGUACGUUGAUCUUAACCGAGGGAGAUUCAGCCAAAAGUUUAGCUGUAUCCGGAUUAGGUGUUAUUGGUCGAGAUUAUUACGGUGUAUUUCCUCUCCGAGGUAAAUUGUUGAAUGUUCGAGAAGCUUCGCAUAAACAGAUCAUGGAUAAUGCUGAAAUUAACAAUAUCGUUAAAAUUGUCGGUUUACAAUAUCGUAAAAAAUACGAAACCGAAGACGAUAUGAAGACUCUUCGAUACGGUAAAUUAAUGAUCAUGACGGAUCAAGAUCAGGAUGGUUCGCAUAUUAAAGGAUUAAUUAUUAAUUUUAUCCAUCACAAUUGGCCUAGUUUAUUGAAGAUGAAUUUCUUGGAAGAAUUCAUUACGCCGAUUAUCAAAGCGACUAGAAAAGUGGGUCGAAAUGACGAAGAGGUACUCAGCUUUUUCUCUAUACCAGAAUUCGACGAAUGGAAAAACAACACUCCGAACUGGAACAGGUUUGCCAUCAAAUACUACAAAGGUUUGGGUACCUCGACGUCUGAGGAAGCUAAGGAAUAUUUCUCGAACAUGACCAGACAUCGAAUUAAAUUCUUGUACAAAGAUAACGACGACGAUUCGCAUAUCACGAUGGCAUUCAGCAAAAAAAUGGUCGAUGCCAGAAAAGACUGGUUGACUAACUGGAUGGGAGAAAUGAAACGUCGUAAAGAAUUCGGACUCGGAGAAGAAUACUUGUAUGGAAAAGAUACCAAAGCUGUAACGUACAAGGACUUCAUCAAUAAGGAAUUGGUAUUAUUCAGCAACAUGGAUAAUGAACGAUCAAUUCCUUGUGCGUUGGAUGGUUUAAAACCUGGAUCACGAAAGGUGUUAUUUACGUGCUUGAAGAGAAAUUUGACGAAAGAAUUGAAAGUAGCCCAGUUGGCCGGUUCAGUUGCCGAAUUGUCGGCUUACCAUCAUGGUGAACAAUCGUUGAUGUCAACUAUUAUAAAUUUAGCGCAAAAUUACGUCGGCAGCAAUAACAUCAACUUGCUGCAGCCCCUCGGUCAGUUCGGUACGAGAUUACAAGGUGGCAAAGAUGCUGCCAGUCCUCGUUAUAUUUUCACCAAAUUAAGUCCACUUACCAGAUUAAUUUUCCACCCUAACGACGAUCCUUUGAUGAACUACUUACGCGAUGAUAAUCAAAAAGUCGAACCCGAAUGGUAUAUGCCGAUUAUACCAAUGGUCCUUGUAAAUGGUGCCGAAGGUAUCGGUACUGGGUGGAUGACCAAAAUCGCCAAUUAUAAUCCCAGAGAAAUAAUUGACAAUUUACAACGUAUGAUUCGAGGCGAUGAACCGGUUCCAAUGAAACCGUGGUACAAGAAUUUCUUGGGCGAAAUCGAGAAAUUGGGCGAAACUCGUUUCGUCACCAGCGGCGAAGUUGGUAUCCUAAGCGAUGAGAAGAUAGAAAUCACUGAAUUACCUGUCGGAACAUGGACUCAGACUUAUAAAGAGAAUGUUCUGGAACCGUUAUUGAAUCCUGAGUCGAAAGCCGAUAAAGCUGAAAAAGGAGAGAAAGCCUCAAAAGCUGAGAAAGCUCAGCCGUUUAUUACGAAUUACAAGGAGUAUAAUACCGAUAAAACCGUAAAAUUCCAAGUAUUUUUAACGAAAGAAAAACUAAAGAAAGCUGAAUUAGAUGGAUUACAUAAGAUUUUCAAAUUGCAAAACACCAUGACCACUACGUCGAUGUGUGCAUUCGAUCGGUACGGUGUACUAAGGAGGUACGAUUCGGCUACUCAAAUCUUAAGAGAAUUUUUCGAGGUUCGUCUCGAGUUUUACGUAAAACGAAAAUCGUACUUGGAGGGUAUGUUGGAAGCUGAAGCCGCCAAAUUAACGAAUCAGGCGAGGUUCAUCUUGGAAAAGUGCGAUGGCGAUUUGAGAAUCGAAAAUCGUAAGAAGAAAGAAAUGAUAGCCGAACUUGUGAGACGAGGAUAUCCCGGCGAUCCAGUUCGCACCUGGAAAAUACGUGUUGAUCGUGAAGCUGCUUUGGAAGAAGAAGUCUCGCCAGCGACUGAAGGUGAAGAAACGGCCGACGAAGAUGCGCCCGAAGAAGAUCCUAAUAAGGAUUUCGAUUAUUUACUCGGUAUGAAACUAUGGUCGUUGACGUUGGAAAAGAAAAACGAAAUGUUGAAAAAACGAGACGAAAAACAAACCGAAUUGGAUUUGCUGAAGAAGAAAACACCUUCGGAUCUCUGGGUAACCGAUCUAGAUGCUCUUCUUGCCAAAAUGGACGAAGUCGAAGAGUUAGAACGCGAAAUAGCUGCAUCUGGUAAACCAGCGAAAGGUAUGAAAGGUCCUAAAGAUAAAAAGAAAGCGAAAGUGAUCGCUGCUGCGGAUAGUUUACCAUCACCUCAUGCUAUUCGUAUUAAACCUCGUGUCGAUGCCGAAUUACUGAAGAAAUACGAAAAAGCCGAUCAAGUUAGAGAUAAAGUAAAGAAACCGAAAAAAGGCAAAGAUGAUGUCGAAGGAUCGGAGGAGAAAUCCGAAAAAAGCGAAAAAUCCUCUGCUUCUAAAGUUAAAUCUGAACCGGGAGCGACUAAAGCUAAGAGACCUAAAAAGGAACCGAAAGAAAAAUCGCCCAAGAAAAAGUCUAAAAAGGGCUCAGACUCUGAAGAUGAAAUGUCCUCGGGUAGUGAAUCAGACGAUGAUUUCAGAACAUCUGCGACUGCUCCUGAUACUCCCAAGCGAGCCACAUCUCGAAGAGCUGCAGCUCCGAAGAAAUACACCUUCGAUUCGGAAAACGAAGAAGAUUUCUCUGAUCACGAUGACAACGAAGACCUCGUGGUGAAUAACGCGGUCGUCGAUGAUUACGCGCCGGCUGUUGUCGAUGACGAAUCCGAUUCGAGCUUCACUGCAGAACCGGAAAAGAAAAAAGACGAUUCGGAUGUCGACGAUAGUCCCAUCAAGAAGAAACCGGCCGCGAAAAAACCAGCUGCAAGUCGAAUAAGCGAUUUCUUCGACGAAGAUUCGCCGCCGAAGAAAAAGCCAGCGCCUAAAAAACCCGCUGCGAAGAAACCCAAGUACGCCGCGUCCGAUUCAGAGGACGGUGACUUAUUCGACGAACCUAGCGCGCCGGAAAGCGAAGACGAUAGCGACUUCGACAUCGGUUCUAAGAAGAAAAAAACUAAAAAGGAAACAGCCAAAGCUGCGCCGAAAAAGAAAGCAGCAGCAGCCCCGAAACAACCUAAAGAACCGAAAAAACUCGCCGUAACUAAAUCGAAACCGGCUGCGAAGAAGAAACCCGCCGCCGAUCAUUCAUCGGACGAGGAAAUCAAAGACAUCUUGAAACGGAAGAGAUCUCAUUCGUCCGAUUCCGACGAUGAUUUCUUGAAAAACCAGCCCAAAGAAGACGCUAAUUUAACAACCGAUGAUGAAUUCAACAUGUUAUUGGCCGGACCAUCCAAGAAAGCCGCACCCGCCGAAAAAAAGAAAAACAAAUACAGUUUCGAACCAUCGAUCCAAUCGUAUGAUUCGGACGAUGAUCAUCAACCGGAAACGAAGAAAAAGGCCGCAGCUGAAGCCCCUCCAAAAAAGAGACAAACGAAAAAAGUAAAAUAUGUGUAUAUUGACUCAUCAGGUCCUAGCGAUUCCUAAAUUCCUAUCUUAUUGGAAGAAAGUUUCGAGAUUUCAGCAGUUCUGCUAAUUUUAUAUAGUACAUACUUGAAUAGCGGAUCAUUUUUAUCAGCUUGAUUUCAUUUAAUUUACUACUAUUAUAGGUUUUAUUUAAAUGCAUUAAAUUUUAAGUGUAAUUGUAAUUAUCAAUUUUAAGUUUUUGUAUGUUUUUAGUAUUUUAGAGAAAUUUUUUUUGAGAGUUUCAUCGAAUGAGUUGAGUUGUAUGAUGUAUCCAGUGUCUGCAUGUAAUGCGUGUUUUAGUACAAUAAAAUUUACGUAGUUUUUUUUUAAA